AUUUUGUUAGUGUCAACACUGGAACUAAAAAUGACGAACACCAAAUGCCGAUCUAUUUGCCCCACGCGAUUUUUUCUUGUGUAAGGUGAUUCGAGGUUUGAAAGAUUUAUAACUUUGGUGAAUAGUUUAAAAAUGUAUAGAAAUAAAAAAGACGUGGAUAAACAUGUGGAGAAUUUAUUGUCUAAAUUGUCUGCGAAAGAGUUCAAAUCAAGAGCUUAUUCUGUAGCUCGACUGUAUUUCGAAGUGGGGGAUUAUUUGAGUUGUCAGAAAUAUGUCGAGCAAUACCUUACUCAAAAAGACAACAACGCUGCGGCGUACAAACUUCUUGGACAAGCCUUGCAGAAAAUGGGGAUGAAAGAAAAGGCCCUAGAACAAUACAAGGCUUCUUUGGAUAUCGACCCGGCACAAACUAGUACCAUAAUAGACAUUUGUGAACUUCUUGCUGAUGGUGAAGUCAUUAUUGAACCAGGCCGAGCCAAGUACUGGUGUGAAAAAGCAGAAGCCACAUUUCCCAGGCACCCAGUUACAUUCAGACUAAGAGAGAAACUUAUUUCUGUCUCAAACCCAGAUCCUGAAGCACUAGUUGAGUUACUAAAUUCUGAAUUGGCAAUAAGGCCAAAGGAUGCGUUACUUCAUGCACGCUUAUUGAAACACUAUCUGAAUAUCAAUAAAGUUAAAGAAGCAUUUGAGCAUGCAUGCAAAGUGGAGUUUGGAGGUAAACCAUUCAUAAACAACUAUGGUUGGUAUGAAAUCCUGAAUGAUCUACUGAAGAACAACUCACACAAUACUAGUGAUUGGCUUUAUCACUUACUUCUCUUAACUGUGAAGGAACGAAUUUGUUUGUUGAGUAUAACUGAAACACCAAGUGGUACUUCCAAAAGCUUAGUUGAAUCGAAUGAUCUUCUUCAUGCCUAUGAUCAGGCAAUUGAGAAUGUUUCGCGUUCUGGGGCCUCUCCUGGCUUUGCAGAAUUUCAUAAUGCAUUGCUACAACAUCAUAAAGGCCAAAUUGCCUUUCAUGCUGCAACAUUUUUGCUUAAGAAAGCCAAAAAAGACCAAAUGAGCUGGCGAGAUGCUGUUAAGUAUGCUUCUCCACUUAUGUUAGUUGCUUGGCAAGUGGUACCUCUGGACUCCAAAGUAAAUUGGCUGAAAAAUGCCCCUGAAAAACAAACAGUUGCAGUGAAACGCUGGUAUUAUGAAGGAACAUACAGAUGCUCCCAAGCUGGACAUUAUUUACUGUCAAAUAUUCAAGACAAAAAUCAGUCAUUUCUUGAUCAGGUUUCUCAAUGUUAUUCUGGUACUCACUGGAGAGAUAAGCAGUACAAGCAGAUCUUUUCUAGUAAAGGGCAUCAGGAUAAAAUGAAGUCGUCUUACUUUGCAUCAAAUGCAUUUGCUCCACCUGUAUUGAGACUUCCUAGGAAAAUAGAAGUUGAAUGUUAUGAUAGUGAUGCUCAAAGGGAAUAUGGUAGUUCACUACACCAUUUUGUUUGGACACUACUGAAUUAUAAAAAUUAUGCACAUUUCAAAUGCACUCUCUUUGAUAUGCUCACAUACAAUGCUACAACUUGUGGGCCUGAGACAUUGAACAGAUCAGAUAUUUAUGCCUUCUUGUAUUGUGCAACAUUAACAGCCAGUCAACAAAUUUCUAGAAAAGAUUCUUAUGUAUCCAGUGAAAGACCACAUACACUUCCAGCUAACAUUACCAAUCUAAUGUGUCCUCUCACCCAAAUGAAAUGGUGGGAUUGUGCUUACAAAUUUAGUCAAAAUGAGUUGGGGACAGAAUUAACUGACAUACGUGCUACAUUAAGCCGUGGUAUUGAAGUUGUGAGGUGUAUUGACAAUCAUGGUCUGGAUCCAGAGUUAUUAUGUAUCCUUGGGCGCAUAUUCAGUGAAAGAGCUAAAGCAUCAACAAAUGUAGAUGAAAAACAUCAACUGGAAUUAAGAGCUGGAUUAUAUUAUUCUUCAGCUGUACCAUUGUUAGAAAAAUUGAAAAGUAAAAUUGUCAUCAAGUAUCUUGACAAAAGAAUGUUUGAUUAUACACACAAAGAACUCAGCUCCAAAGAACUUCAUGCUUUACUUGAAGAAUGCAAACUAUAUGUAGCAGUCAGCCAUUUCAGUGAAGGUGAAUAUGAUAAAGUUAUUGAAAUCCUUUCCAACUUAAAGUCACCACAGGCACUUUUCCACCUUAGUCAAACAUAUAAAAAAAUUGCAUUAGAAGAAAGUAAUCUAUCUCAUGAUUCUGAAGCAAUGUCUAAAUAUGCAGCAUUAUUGGCUAAAGCAAAAAUUUUUGCUUACAAAGCAUUAGACAGGCUGAGGGACAGUGAGCCUAACAAAAAUAAUCCUUUAUAUACAGACACUCAAGAACUAAUUGAAGACAUAGAAAUCCGGAUGAAUAACAUUGAUCCUGAUUUUAUUACUGGUACUAAAGAUGGUGACGGGAAAUUUUCAUCAGAUGACAAUAUUUCCGCAGAAAGUGAACAUUUACCUAUUCGAGGAAAUUCUCACUUAUUCCGCAACUUAAGUUCCACUCCUAAAGCUCCUAAAGCUUCUCACAAUGCUAAUGCUACAAAUUACCGAACUGCUAUAGACUCACAGUUAUUCGAAAAUUCAAAGGUUGACUAUAAAUUUUUGGAAAGGAUAGAAACAGAAAUUAAGAAUUUGCAAAAAAGAGACACUACUAUUAGUGACUUUAUGGAACAAACAAGGAACUGGUUCGAUGAAAAUCGUAAAAUGGGCAAUCAAAUUAUAAGCACUAUUCACUCAAAUAUGCAAAAUACUACAGACCAAUUUAAAUUGCUGAAGAUAUCAGUAGAUCAAGUAAAGGACCAGAUAGAUGAAUGUAGAAAUGAAUGUAAGGAUGUUAGUGAAUUAAAAAAGCAGGUUGCAGAGCUGAAAAAAGAGGUGGGCAAACUGAAGAAGGCUUCUUCUGAACAGACCAUAGAUGACAGUGAUUUAUAUAAUUUAGAUGAAGACUAUAGAACAAAUGAUAGUGCGUCGUCAUUUGCUACUCAACUACCAUUUACACCAUCUCAAGUGAUUCCAUCUUUCAACCAACGUCUUGUGCCGCCAUUCCCUGUACCACCUAAUCCGUACCAACUUUACAAUCAAAGCUUGUACAACUUAUAUAACCAGUAUUCACAAUUCGCGCAGCCAUCCUCAGUACCAGGGACACAGCCUAUGUUUGAUCCAACUAGAGCUCAAGUGAACUAUCCUGGCGUUUAUCCAACGCCAGAUCAAAUGUAUUUAGAUGUCGCUCAUCUGGUUCCUCCUAACUUGUCAGCAGCCCCACCGGUGCCAAACGCUCCAGUGGUACCGCCAUUGUCAACUGUACCAGCUAUGUCAAGUGUAACAUCAUCAGCAGCAAUAUCUGUAUCUACAUCUAAAGUAACUUCUGCUGAAUCUAAAGAUAAUUCAAAAUCAUUACCUGUUAAUGUGGUCAUUACAUCUUCAGAUCCCCUCCCAACAUGUAUCACAACACCAGCACCAAUCCUUAGUGUGACAAUUCCACCAAAACACAUUAAAGGCGGUACUCCUCAUAAUUAUCAAAUACAACUUCCAGCAACUACAGACACUAAAGUCAUGUCACCUCCAGUGUUUGUUUUCCCAGCCCAAAAUAACAAAGCAGCUACCGCAACUUCUAAUUCAGUGUCUCAAUGGAAUCAGUCACCUGUAUUCAAAACUACUCCUGUAUCUUCAACUUCCACAUUCAGCUCCUUACUUAACCCUUCACUAACCGCACCUAAGCUUAGUGGAGACACACUUGAUACUUCAAAGUCAGUAGUUGAUGGAAUCUUUUCUGGCGGAUCACCUAACACUAGUCUCAAUAAAUCAAGGACAUUAUCGGAAAGAAGUAAUACAUCCGUGGAAAAUUAUGACCCUUGUCCAGAUUUUAAACCUAUUGUACCCUUACCUGCUGAAAUUAAAGUCACUACAGGAGAAGAAGAUGAAUAUGUGAUAUUUAGCUCUAGAGCUAAACUUUUCCGCUUUGUAGAUAAACAGUGGAAAGAAAGAGGUCUUGGUGAAAUGAAAUUACUCAAACAUAAAGUAACAGGAAAAGUCCGAGUUCUUAUGAGACGUGAACAAAUCCAUAAGAUUUGUGCGAAUCAUAUAAUUACUGCAGAAAUGGAAAUAAAACAAAUGAUGAAUGAGGCUAAAGCCUAUUUCUGGGUUGCCAAUGAUUUUGCUGAUGAGACUGUUGUUUUAGAAAAAUUCUGUAUUCGGUUUAAAACUGCUGAUAUAGCUAAAGAUUUCUACAAUGCUUUCGAAAAAGCUAGACAGGAAGCUCUGAUGAAUAAAACUUUGAGUCCAGUGGCUCCUAAAGUAGAAGAUGUAAAAUUGACGACUGAUAAAGAAACCAGCCAAGUAAACAUGUCUGUCAAAGAUACUAACAGCCAAUCCAUACAAACAACUACAUCUACAACUAAAGCUGUCGUUGGUGGUUUUACAUUUAGCAGCACACCAACUUUCAAGCCUGUGUCUGAUGAUGUCAAACCUGAAACAAACUCCCAAGAUGUUGUUACUACUAAAGCUAAUGUAUUUACCGGUUUAUCUUUUAAAGCCAGCAACAGUUCUCCAUUUUCUAACUUAUUUACUAAAACUUCAUCGCCUGACACCACCACUACUAACAAUACCACAGCACAGGAUACAGAAUCCACUAAAUUAAAUACUUCAGACCAGGUUGAAGAAUAUGAACCAAAUGUUGAAUUUAAACCUGUUGUACCUUUGCCUGCUUUAAUUGACCAAAAGACUGGCGAAGAAGAUGAAAAUAUACUGUUUGAACAUCGCGCAAAACUGUUAAGGUUUGAUGCGGCUGCUAAAGAAUGGAAAGAACGUGGACUGGGCAAUAUUAAGUUACUGGUUCAUAAAGAUAAUUCACACAAAGUAAGACUUCUAAUGAGACGUGAACAAAUAAUGAAGGUCUGUUGUAAUCACGCACUUACUAAUGAAAUGGUUUUCCAAAAAAUGCCUAAUUUGGAUAAAGCUGUUACUUGGUGUGCCAAAGAUUUCUCAGAAGGUGAGUUAGUAGCAGAGACUUUCUGUUUGCGGUUUAAGACUAUUCAGCUAUGUGAUGAAUUUAUGGAAGCCAUAAAAUCUGCCCAAUCCAAAAUGAAGGAUGAAUCAAAAGCUGCAAAGGAAGAAAAAAAUGCUGGUGUACAAAACAAUCAAAGUGGUUUUGGUGAUAUGUUUAAACCCAAAGCUGGGUCAUGGCAUUGUGAUGCAUGUUACACAAAUAACUUGGAAAGUUUUACAAAGUGUGCCUGUUGUGAAACACCCAAACCAAACAGUGCAGCAAACACAAAUACUUCUGCUGCUGUAACAAAUACAAAUGCUGAGAAACCUGUAGUUACAGCAAGUUGGGGUGAUAAAUUCAAGCCAAAACCUGGUAGCUGGGAAUGCAGAGAUUGUUUUGUUCGAAAUGAACCUAGUGUUGAAAACUGCAGUGCUUGUAAUAGCCCCAAAGAUCCAACCAAACCUAAGACAGCUGUUAAACUUACAUCAGACACUGCACCUAAAUUUAAUUUUGGAAUACCUGCUACAAAUAGCAGCACAGAGCAAAAGACUACUUCAACAAUUCCUGUAUCAAAACAAGGUUCUACCAUUACGACUGGUGGUGACUUGUUCAAAACCAGUCCUUCCACUUGGGAAACUAAUAACAAAACAUCCAUAUUCGGAACAGCUUCAUCUGGUACACAAUUUCGGUUUGGUAUUCCUCCAGCUUCAAAUGACACAAACGCAAAUAUUUUUGAUGGAACUGGUGCUCAUAUAUUUAGUUUCGGUAUUCCUCCAAGUGAUACAACAACUGUCCCUGUAUCUUUUGGGGAACAGAAGGCUCAAACCAAUAAUGCAGUGACUGAUACUGUAAAGACUGCUUCUGAAAAUAAGGUUGUUGACUUUAGUCUAAAGAAGAAAGAAGAACCAAAUACUACUGUAAAACCAGCACUACUUCCCACACCUGUGUCCAACAGUUCAUCUAGUGUGUCCUUUGGAUCCAAAGAAAGAGGUACAUUUGACUUUGUAUUCAAACCAAAGACACCUACUAAAGGUAAAAGUCCUGCAAAGUCUCCUCAUAGUCAAUCUGAUGGUGAAGCAAGUGAUGGAAAUGAAUAUGCUGCAGAAGAUGAAUGCCAUCAAAUUUUCACUCCUGUCGUACCACUCCCAGAUAAGAUUGAAGUUGUUACUGGCGAAGAAAACGAAACUGAGCUGUAUGGACAGUUAGCAAAGUUGUAUAGAUUUUUAUCAGGUGAAUGGAAAGAACGUGGGAAAGGAAUUGUCAAGAUUCUUAAACAUAAAGAUACAGGAAAAUUGAGGGUAGUUAUGCGCAGGGAGCAGGUCUUAAAAAUAUGUUUGAAUCAUGCUUUGACUUCAGAAAUUAUUUACAAUGUAAAAGAUGAAAAAUCUUGGCAAUUUGUGGUAAAUGACUUUAGUGAAGGUGAAUUAAACUUGGAACAUUUCUGUCUUCGAUUUAAGAGCAAAGAAGUGGCUUUAGAAUUUAAAAAUGCAAUUGACAAUGCACUCCAGGGAAAAUCUGUUAGUAAAAGUGAAAUAUAUGAUAAAAAAGAAAAAGAUGCAUCUGAUGAUGUCGUUUUUGUAAGCGAAAUUCAAGCAUCUAAUGAAGAUAAACAGAAAGCCAAGGAACUGAUGCUGCCUGAAAAUUUCUUUACUUACAAAACUAAAGAACCAUGCCAAGGAUGUCGUGGAUGCAAUGAUAGUGAAGAUUCAUUAAAAUCUGAAAGUAAUUCUCAACCUUGUACAUCAACCAGUGACACAAAUGUAACAGCAGCAGCAAACAAACCAAAUGUGUCUAGUUCAGAACAAAAACCAAUGGCAUCAGAACCAACUGCAAAGACAUUAACCAGCUCAAGUACACCUGUUAAAACGAUGACAUCUAUUUUCCAAAGUCCUACUAAUUCUAUAUAUGGGACUCCAAGCAAUUUUGAGAAAACUGCCGAUACAUCUAUAUUCCGCACGCCACUCGGUUCAGUUGCAUCAAACAUGAAAACACCAACAUCGUCUUCUUCACAAAGUGUUUUAGAUAAUACUUUCACAAAUAAGGAAAAUACAUUUACUCAAAAGACGAAUAUAUUCACAGGAUUUGGUGACUCAAAGCAGUCAAUAUUUGGAACUCCUCAAAACACAACUACGUCCAUAUUUGGCAGUAGUGAGGCUCAAGGAACAGCAAGCUCAAAGAACUCUUUACUGGCACCACCCAAGUUAAGCUAUAUUAAUACCUCGAAUCAAAAUGAAUCCAGUUUUAACUUUGGACAAUCGAAAUUUGUUUUUAGUGAUGCAAAAGCCCCACCAACUACCACAAGUUCUACGGAAACUGGGAAGUCUUUCAAUAAGUCAGUCUUAGAGUUUUCUGCUCCAAAUACGAGGAAGGAUAAUACUGAAGUAAAAUCAAUAUUUGGUGAUGAUAAUAAGUCUGAAAAUUUGUUUGCUAGUGCAAAUCAAGGAAGUAUUUUUGGACCUGGUGCCCUAGCAAACAGUCAAUCCAAAACUGAUAGCAACAUAUUUGGCUCAGCUGCUAUGUCUGCUUUUGGUACUAUUUCAUCUCAAAAUUCAGUAUUUGGAAGUGGGAAGUCAUUAUUUGGGACAUCAAAUAAUGGAGGAAUAUUAAGUGCAGGUGUAAAUGAUAAGCAAAAUACAGAUGCAUCGAAGACUUUAAAUGUCAGCGAUAUACAGAAAUCAAAUACCUCAACUGCUGAUCAGUCUGAGAAGAAAGAAAUUCCACUUAAGGUUGAUAACAAUCUUACAUUUGCUGCUCUAUCAUCUGGUAGUGGUCCUGCUUUCAAUAUGAAGACUACACAGCCUGAUUUCCAAUGGGAAGGUGCUGGCCAACAAUUAUUCAAAUCAAAUAAGAAAUCAGGAGAUAAAUCAAAGGAUGAAAGCGGCGUAGAUGAAGACGCGGUCGCAGAAGAGGAAUACGACCCUCAUUAUGAGCCAAUUGUACCUCUUCCUGAAAAGAUUGUGGUCACCACCGGUGAGGAGGAUGAGGAAAAAAUGUUCGGAGAGCGAUGCAAAUUAUAUCGCUACGAUGACAAGUCCCGUGAGUGGAAAGAACGUGGUGUCGGCGAAAUGAAAAUACUAUACCACCCAGAGAGGAAGACUUACAGGCUGCUACUGCGUCGGGAACUGAUCCACAAAGCGGUGCUCAAUAUGCUUUUACAUAUGGAUUUGGAGCUUUUGCCAAUGAAGAACUCCGAUCGCGCAUGGACAUGGGCCGGCCGCAAUUUUGCGGAAAACCCAGCAGGCGAGCAAGAGACCCUCGCAGUCCGAUUCAAGAACGUGGAAUUGGCCACCUCCUUCCAUGAUAAAAUUGUCGAAUGUGUCAGGAAAUUACAAGCCGCUGCUGCCCAAGCCGUAAGGGAGGUGAAUGAAUUAAAAGAAUCAGAAGCCUUUGAUAACGUGUCGCCACUAAGAUUGCCGAAACAUUUGCAAGAAAGCGCACGCGCUGAUAAUGCGAUUACUGCGGAAGUCUUUCAAAGGACGUCUGGUUCGUCAAGGGAGGACACCAGUACAAACAGCAACCAUGCCAAACUGGGGGCAGUGACGGAAGAAUAUCAACAGGGCUAUGAACAGCAUGAGAGCCACGAGGAUCACGAGGACCAUGAAGAUGAAGAAGAAGACUAUGAUUAUGAUGAAUACUAUAACGAGGACGAGGAAGAAUCAUCACCUUAUUACACGUGCGACGGUGAGGCGAUAGUGCGGCAGGGUAACAAUGAGACCACCUGUUCGAAUGCCCACAUACAAGUGCUUUUUGACCAAGAGAUUUACUCUCCCAAGAUCUUAGUUACCGAUGCGGCUACCGGAGAGAUACUAGCAGAUAUGCUCAUUUACACUGACACUGAGUUCCAGAUGUCUGGCGACUCCUGCGCAUGGUCAGGCACCGACUACACUAGUAAUGACCCAGUGGAUAAGAGUGUUACUGUCAACUUUUACGACAGUGAGACAGCAAUGCAGUUUUAUGAUAGCUGUGAGACCAGCAAAGCUGCAACAUACGCGUCUACAGAUCCUGUAUCGUAAAAUAUACUGAAAUAUCUUAAUAAGGAACUAACUUGAAGUGUAGACUAAAUUCCGUAUUGUUUUAAUUAGGAAAUGUAUUGACCCGUUUUUUACGAUAUCUUAAUUGUGAAGUUACGUGUAAAGUCUAGAUGACUAUAAAUUUGAUCACUUGUUUGUUGAGAACCAAUUUGUUAACUGUUUUUUUAUUAUUAUUAUUAUUUAGAUCUCAUAAAACCUUAAAGUGUUUAGUAUCAUUGAAAAAGGAUCAUUCAGUAAGGACAAUUAUGAUAUCAACAAAGCUUGAAAUAAGUAAUGGUACUCCUUUAAUAAAUGCGGCUUGCUCGUUUAGGUCUUUUGAUAGAAUAGAAUUAAAUACAAGACUUGCAGUAGAUUGGAUAUAAUGAUUAAUGAUAAAGUAGUUUCUGUCCAGACUUUGGCCAACUGAGCUAUAUAAAUAAGGGCUUAUUAGUAAAUGUACGCUACUUUUUUUUUAAAUUAUGAAAGUGUAACGUGUUUUAGUACGCAAAAGAGAUCUAACCAACACUUGUUGACAUUUUAAUGAUCACUUCGUUUGACGACAUAAUAUUUAUUGGGUAAUGUUAUUGAAGCAAAUGCUUCUAACACUAAAUGGUUAGGUCUCUUUAGACGUGUACGUAUGAAGGUACGAGUGAUGGCGACUGGUUGUUUAUUAAUAAUUUCACUCGUAGCUUCAUGUUUGUUAACAGGGCAAACUUGAUUCACGUAGUUCUCGCAUCUUAUAAUAUUAUGAUCUUUUGAAAAUUAUGAACAAUAUACUUGCAUCUUCUUAAAUAAAUCAAAUAUAAUCCGGCGCAUUGACGAUAUUAUAGAUGUUUGUGAAUUUCUUGGAUUAAGAAUAUUAUUUUUUAAAUCUUUUUUCUUUAAAUGAGAAAAGGAUGAUUUUUGCUGUCGUAAUUUUGUUAUUGAACUGAGUGAUACUUAAUAUAAAGUUAUGAAUACCUAAGUAUUUACUAUUUCCUUUUCUCAUUUAAACUGUGAUCUUAAUAUUAAACUUAUUAUCUGAGAAUGGAGUGUAAUAAAUGAAAACUCACAUAAAAUUAA